GAUUAUUAGCGGCUGUCCCACGCGUGGCUUUUGCAUCUUACGAAGUGGAUGAUGAUUCUACUAUCGUGCUUCUUGGCAGACUUCGUACCCAGCAUCACGACAGAGGGUGGCUAAAACAGCUUGCGCAAGUACUUGACGUCCUCAUCCUUGCUGCGGCCAGAUGAUUCAGUGACCUGAGAACAAAAUGCUGUUGAACACCGAGCGUCGGGAUGGCAAAUGUUGGAAACAGUAAGCAAGACGUUUCUAUGAAUUCCGAAUCGUCACCUCGAAACAUUUGCGAGUACGAGACGAAGUUGCGAUGCUGAUGGACGGACAAUCUAAAAAUGGCCAUAGCGUGGCGGCCUCAGGAUGAGUUUAACAAUUUAAGUUUGAGUUCGGGAGCUAAUCGGAACACCAUACGCCGCGGACAACAUUCUAGAAUCCCGCACCGACUUUUCUCCUCCAACCCAACUCCUUUCUGUGUCACUCUCACAUUCCCAACAAACUCCGAAAAUAUAUUAUUCGGCAUCCAUGAAUAUGCUUUUCUGCGUCGUACUGCAUUUCUCAUCUCUUCUUCCUGCAUCAUGCUGUUGUUCGCAUCCCAAAGACGUCCCUCGUGCUCCCAAUCCCAAUACGCCUCUCGUCUCAUCGAAUGUGUCCCAAACUCCCAGCAAACAGGGUCUCACCUCACACCAUUCCCGCCUGCUGCCGUCUCUUGCUUUCUCAGCACUUCUCAGAUAAGCAGUUCGAAGCUGCCUAUCAUGCUCAGAUCUGGCCGCCCCAUGAUCGACACGCGGGUGUGUUGGCGAGUCGCUGUGGCUCUUUUCUUAGGACUGGACAGUAUUUUGUCGGGUGGCCCAGCAGGCGUCAAAAUAGUCGCUGACCCCGUCCUGCUCGUCUCUGCCGCAUGCAUGUUCGGUGCAUGGAUCAGUCAGAAUCCCCGCGACUCGACUCGACGCCUCCCUCCGUCCAGUUUCUGCUGCUGCAAGGGUCGCCCGAAAUAGGAUGUGUCCCAGUGGGCCGCCUAAUUUUGGGAUAUGGCGUCCUGCAGGCGAACUGCAGGCGUACAGAAGUCUGUCACUCUGCUAGACGCAGAUGUGGAGGUCUCACUGGACAGACCACAGCGAAAGGGCACCAGAGCUGACCUAUCAGCAAAUGUGACCGAACAAUACUCGCCCGCAUAGGCCUAACCUCCUCAACCUACCCCAGCGCUUCAAGGAGCCAAUCUCACCCAACAGAGCCCGAAAUGCCUCGACGCAGGUAUAUUUGCUCGCUUUCCUCCCGGCCACUGUUAUCUUGAUGUCCCAUC